AUGUCUGAUCUCAUUGGUUUACGCGUUUCUGUCCCAAAUGCUAGCGGACACGGACACAUUCGAUACAUUGGACCAAUACGAAAUAAGACUGGACUAUUUGCUGGACUCGAACUUCAGGGAUCAUUGGCAACAUCAAGAGGUAAAAAUUCAGGAUCAGUUGAUGGAGUACAGUAUUUUACAGUAGGAGUGCCCAAGAGUGGUCUCUUCUUGCCUUAUGAUCGGUUGAGGAGUGUUAAUACCCAACUUCCUGAUGUGAAGCUGAUUGAAACUGGAAGAAAAGAUCUCGAUGAAACCACAAACUUAGCAACACCGACAUCACGCUUCAGUCCAAUGUCCAAGCCCCCAUAUCACUCAGUACAAAGGAGCAGUGUAAAGCUCUACCACCAGAUUAAUGGUCAGAGUACUUCAAACCAGCAGGACUACAAUCUAGAACACCGUCGCGACUCAAGUUGGAGCUUAGAUCAGCAUCGAAGUGAAGCGUCCACCACGCCACUAAGGUCACCGCUCACACCUUCAAACACGUACCAUGAGGCUAAGUUAAAUCUACUAGAUGACCAGUUAUAUAAAACGGAGAACGGUCAUAAUUAUAGAGAGCAAAUUGAGGAGUUGAACAAGUUGAUUAGAGACAAAGAUCGUAAAUUGGAGAAUUUCAAUAAGCAGAGAAUGGAGUGGCAUAGCGCUAUGGAUGAUUUGAUUGCAGUACAACAAGACGGGAUCACUGUAUUUGAGGAGAAAAUCCAAGAGUUGGAAGAUAUCAAUGAGAAUCAAGUGGCCAGGAUCGAGGCGCUAAAGCAAGAGUUGCAACUGUCCGAUAAAAAAGUUGAAGAGUUGGAGAGAGAAUGUUCUGAAUUGAGAGCAUAUAGUAAAACAAAUGAUGUAGCAGAAGAAGCCGCUGCUAAAAUUCAGUCCUUAGAGGAGACUUGUAAAAACUACUCAAAUCAGAUUGAGCUGCUACAGAAAGAAUUGAUUGCCGCAAAUGAGAAAAUCAAAAGCUUGGAAGAGCACGGUAAUGAUGUACACCGUGUUACUGAGAAACGGAAUUUGGCUCCUUCUAUACAGCUGGAGCGAUUAAUAUCCUUAUCAACUGUGUCUUCGGAUUUUGGUCCAUCUGGUACUAGUGAUACAACAAAAGCCAUGCGGUCUGGUACAGAUGAUGGUUUAUUGGACAAUAUUCAAGAUUUACCAUUAUACAAGCCAUCCAGUUUGACUGAUCCAAGUGAGGGAAGAACUGACUGGUGUGGGUUAUGUGAAAGAGAUGGGCACAGCUCCAUCAACUGUCCUUUUGAGAAUGACAUUUUUUAA